GUUGGUAUCUUCUUGACUGAAAGGAAAGGCUGGCUUUCAAUUAGUUAAGAAUGUGCAUUGUUAUGUGAAGAAAAUAACGACUUGGCCUAGUAUUUUAAACUCAGUCAAUAUUUGAACAUACACACCAGAGCUGUUGUUAGACAUCAAACUCUAUUGGGGUACAGGCCCCUUAUUCAUAUCCCUUUUUUCUUUCAAGCUUGCUGGGCACAAUGCACUACUAGGCUAUAGAAACUCCUGUCACAGGUGGGGGCGCUGGUGCCUCCACUUAGUCUACUCUCUACUCUGAGGAGCAAACCGUAUUUCCCCCUCCAAAGAUACCAACACUGAGAAUCAAGGUAUAAAAAGUAUUUACUGGGGAACAGCAGAUUUAUACACAUGCAUCUGUGUUCGGUGUGCUAGUAUUAUAUGGAAUCAAGUCAAUCGGGAAAUGACUGAUUCACCAAUUUGGGCUCCCUAAAAAAGGCAAAUUUUCGUCAUUAUGACCUCAGCUUCGUAAAGGGCUGUUGCCUGGCAACUCUGUGUUUCCUUGUUUUGCCUGAGAGCGUGUAGAAGGACGAGGUCAGCGCACGCUCUGCUAGUCCUAUGGUGUUUGGGUCAGCUGCCGAGCCCUGGGUACAAAAUGGCACAACAUGGCAACAUGGCACAUAGAGGAAACGGAACACUGAUCACCCACAACAACGCGACCUAUAUUCCACCUUCCCUUAUGCCAGGCUAUUGUGGCCAUGUUCCAAACAUCAAGAACCGAUACGGCGACACCUUCGGGAAUGCCACUAUCAAAUACUUCCAGGACUUUCGCAGUAGCACAAUGUCCUCCAGCAAGAGCCCAUACAACCGUGGCGGGAUGUUCCCGUCCGUCUACUCCAACAACGGGCUGCUGGUUUCAGCCCACCGUGCCGAGAACCGGGAAUGGGCUCUGAGCAUGCCUUAUUGGGCCCGGUAUAAUGUGGACUUGAAUCGACAUGAGACGAUUAAGAACUUUGGCCAGCUCGCUCAGAAACACCGGGAGAAUUACCGAGAUAAAACAGGAACUCGACAGGGCGUCACUCACUUCGUUAUUCCCGUGAAAGAUGUUGAGAAAUACCCGCGGGAGAAUAUACUACUGCUCCCCACGGAACAGACAUCAUCCACGCGUCGCUACCAGACCUUCCCUUCUGGGAUCAGAACAUGUCUGGACGACCGCUGUAUGAGGGACGUGUUCUACGAACGCAGAUAAAGAAAGCCCCGGACGGUGUUCCUUCAUCGCAAAUACAGCUUACAACCACCAGGUGGCUCUGUUGACCUCGUUUUGUUCAAAGAGAUAAAGAUCAGGGAAAGAGUGGGUUUACAGUG